AUGUCUCACGUGUAUAUUAAAUCAGUUUCUUCUUGGAAUACUUCUUCAGUCAGUAAUACCGCGUCCACAAUCGCCACCCUGUCGCCUACAGCAGCACCAAGAUCAACCGUCGCCCUGCCAGGGACCAACAUCAGCGAUCAAAUGCGUGAAGAAGCCAUGGAUGUUGUUGUUGUGAAAAUUAUAUCUCUGCUGGUACUGACUAUUCUAUCAGUUUUAUGUGGUUUACUCCCGCUUCGACUACUUAUCUAUACGCCGCAGCUUUUCGCCAAUAGCAGGAGUGCAGUCGACUACUUCUUGUGUUGUCUGCGCUUGUUCUCUGGAGGCGUGUACCUGGCUACGUGUUUUCUUCACUUAAUGCCGGACACUCGAGAAAAGAUUACUGCAGUGAUGUUGAACUUGGGCUCAAGGACGUCGUAUGCUGUUCCGGAGUUGCUGAUCAUGUCCGGCUUCUAUGUGGUUGUCUUUGUGGAACAGAUCAUUCAAAUUCUAUACGUCAAGGCGCUGGAGUCAGAUGGAGGUCGCAGACAACAGAAGAAAGUCAUUAUGUCGAAAAUCAAGUCUAACGGAGGCUCAUAUCAAUCAACCCUCGACGAAAACGUCAACCAGGCCUGCAAUCACAUCAAUCAUAAAAUCACCACAGAUGAUGAAGACGAAGAAUAUAACAACGUACUGAUCGAGGAUGAAGACGACCUGAGCUUCAGAGACAACGAUUCCGAAGAGAAAAGCCUGGAUUCCUUAACUCAGGUAAAGGGAAAUCUUGAGCAGCCUUCCGAAGUCGACAGUGUAAACGUUCAGAAAAUAGAACCUACCGAUCUAAAUAGAGGUAACUGUAAUCACGUGAGCUCCAAACAACAGUCAUCUCAACAUAAUCUGGUCAAUCAUCCCAAGCCAUCGUCUUACGGCGACCUCAGCACUUUUGUGCUGAAGACAUUCUCACGGUCCUCUUUUGACGUCGUGUCUAAGACAACCGGGAAUGACAUUAAAAAGACAAGUGCCAACGACAUUAAACCCUAUGAAAAUUUAGGAACUCCAAUCAUACACACAAACACACAGCAGCAUUAUGUUCCCAAUUCUUUGAAGCAAAACUGUCACAUUAAUAAAUAUCAAGGAAAUCACGUUAAUCAUCUUAAUCAUUCUCAGCAUAAUCAUCACCAGGUUAGACAAUCGAAUCAUCAAGAAAAGCCAAGUAAUCCAUGUGCACUGCAACAACAGAAGGCGCUUUUUCAGCUGGUGCAGACGGCGUACAAAGAUACAAAACACAAUAAUCCCCAUCAAAUACUGAGCAUUCCAAGGCCAGGACCUCACUAUCCUGCAGUGGGUCACAGCACAGAUGAAGAAUCAACUGAUAAUGAGGAUGAUGAAAGUAGCUUACACAGAACCAACAGUGGAACAUCCGUUUGUGUCGACGGUAUUAGUAACAUGAUUGACGAUAACACGGCCGAACAACCGAACACAUCCCAGAACAGAGACGCUGAGGUCCACGUAUUUCCAAACCAAGACUGUAAUGGCAUCGAUGUGCACACACCCGCUCAGUCAUCUAAAGAAAUCAGCUUUGACAGAAUCUCUGGGUCCACUUCCUCCAUGCAGGACAUCCAUGUCAAACGGGUGGUCGAUGAACUCAGUAAAUCAGAUGCUUCCAGCAGAGCCCACCUUCGCUCCAUCAUCUACAUAAUGGCGUUAUCGUUCCAUGGAAUAUUUGAAGGCAUGGCUCUUGGUUUACAAAGUAUGAAAAGUAGUACGUGGUCUUUAUGUUUUGCUAUUGUCAUUCACCGUUGCGUUUUAGCUUUCAAGCUGGGCAUGGACUUGUGCAGGGGUGAAGAGAAACAAGGUACCACUUUUUUAUGUAUAGGAAUGUUUACCCUCAUUUCCACCCUGGGCAUCAUAAUUGGCAUUUUGAUCUCGUCAGGGGCAUCACUUUAUUCUGACGUUUCCGUACCCGAGGCCAUUUUACAAAGCCUAGCAACGGGAACAAUAUUCUACAUUGUGUUUUUCGACAUUUUAUUUAAAGACUUAGACGGCAAAGAAUACUUGAAAAGAGUCUCUUGUUCAUUCGUGGGGAUUUUCCCUAAUGGCAGUUGUGUUUGCCGUAACGAGAAGCUAACCUUGAGGAUGAUGUACUGA